CGCGUCUGCUAAUAUCACCGCGACCCUCAAGUCCCCGCGCAAUUCUCCACACUGGGUUGGCUGCUUCGAGGCAUAAGGAUGCGAGCGGGGAUCUAGUUUCAGUGUGUUUUCCAGUCUGCAACAGAUUAUUACCUUUCACGAGUACAAAAACGGAUUUAGUCUCUGCAAGCAAGAUUUGAGGUCCCUCUUCUGCACACGGAAUAUGAUGCAGAAAUCCUUAUUUCUUUUGGAAAUACUAUCAAACACAGCUGCUCAUCAAUGAACUCGGCUCCAUAAAGAAUACAAGAAAACAAAACAGUGAGUUUAAGUGAAGGAGAUCAAAGAGCACUUUUUUGAUAUGGCAGCAGUAGAGCCUAGCACGGAGCAUGUCCAAGUGGACACUGUGGAGACCAAAGCUGAGGAAGAUCCUGCAAAUGCAGAGACAGCUCCAGCUCCAACUGAGGAAACACACCCUACCACGGAGGCACCCCAGAGCACGGAGCAGUCAGCAGACAGCAAAGGCAAGCCAGCCUCUGAGAAAAUCUGGGAUUCUUUUCUCAGUAAAAGUGGGCUUGGAAAGGUAAUGGGAGGGAAAAAGAAAAAGGAACCUAGUACAGUAGCUGAGGCUGCUACUGAGGAAGAACAGGAUAAAGCCUUGGUCACAAACCAGAAUGAGCAUGAAGAGGCAGCAGAUCCUAAAGACCAGCCAUCUAGACCAUCAGCAGAGGCAGGUGAAGCUGUGACUGAUGGUCAAGCUACUGAAAAAGUACCAGACAAUGAAGAGGGCAUCCAAGAGCAGAAGAUGCCUGGUGUCAAGCCAAAGCAUGGAGAGAAGUCCAGUGUACGUGAUUUCAUUCGCAAGCCUGUUGCCAGAAUUUUCUCCCACAGGAGCACAGAUAAAAAAGAUGGGGAGCUACAAAAGGUUCGAUCAAAAUCUCUCGACAGACUAGCGGAUGCCGAGACCAGUGCAGUUGUUGUGGACCAAACUGAUGACCCGAAAGCACCUGAAGAGCCAGACAAGUCAACUGCCCAAGCAAAACACAUGAAACGCUGGCAUUCUUUUAAAAAGCUUAUGGCACAGAAGGGCCACAAGAAGAGUGCUGAUGACUCCAAGGAUGUGGAAGGAGCAGACAGUGCCAAUGCAGACGGAGCAGGAGACACUGGUACACUGGACUCCACUAUAAAGUUAGAACACAGUGGACAAAAAAGGUGGAAACUGAAGAGGUCGUGGACAUUUCAAGGAGUGAAGAGAGAUCCAUCUAUUGUUGGAAUCCACAAACCAAAGGAAAAAGACUCUUCAGAUAGUCUCAAAGAUGAAAAUGAAGCAGAGGGAGAGAAGGGGCCCACACAAGAAUCUGAAGAGUCAAAAGGGCCAGGUGAAGGUGAAACUCAGGAGAAGACCAAUGCAGAGGAAGAGGAAGAGAAUGGGGCAGCUGCAGCAGCACAUGCGAAAUCUGUGGACCACCAUGCAAAUGAGAUCUGGACCUCCUUUAAAAAACGAGUAAUUCCCAAGUCAAAGAAAGCAGCAGACCCCAGUGGAGGAGAGGAGGAACCAACAGUUGAACAAGAACAGACUGAUGAACCACAGGCGGGUAAAGACUCAGGCAAGCCUGCCAAGUCAAAAAGGACACAUUUCAACCGUGCUGUGUCACUAAAGAAUUUCAUACUGCGCAAAGGAAAGAGUCCUAGCAUGGAUAUGGGGGAGAGCUCAGCAGUACCAAAAGAGGGAGAGGGGGAGGCUAAAGAAAUGGAUGCCCCUACAGACACAGCUGUGACAACUGACCUCCCACAGGGUGGUUCAGAGGACCAGGCUGCCACACAGAGCGGGAGCAACAACGGAGCUCAGGUGGCAGACGAGCACAAGAGCUCUGAUGGAGAGGAGAAGUCCCUCCCGAGCAUACCAUCUGGUCAGCAGUCAGACACGCCUCACUUAUCAUCGGAGGGAGAAGGCCAGACAGAGCCGACAGUGGUGGAAGCCAAGACCAAUGGAGAGAAUAAAUGUUCAGAUGCUGCAUCCAAGGACACCACAGAACACAAUCAUGAGCCCCAUGCCCAGAACGACGAUAGGAAGGAAGAAGAGACAAACAAGGAGAAUGUCGACUCGAGUGACAAAACCUGUUCAAAGGAUGGGAAGAUCCUGAGUCAAGAUGGAAAAUGCAGCACUGGCAAUGCAGUUGCCCAAAGCGAAUAAAAGGCGGGAAACGUGACGCCACACAAAGAGGAUUAGAUCUGCAUGGGAUUCAUUCAGCGAGGAGCUUUGUUCCCCCCCCCUCCCCUCCCCUCCCCUCCCCAAAAAAAGGAGUAAUCACACGUUUACAUCAUGAUUCACCAUGGUGAGAAAUGCAAUCCAUAUAGUUUAAAAGAAAAAUACUCUAAAGCAAUAAUUCAGCACAUUCUUGCUACCAUUCCAUUACUGUAAAUGUUUGCUUGUCUUCUAGUGAGGGUUUAUAUUGUCAAAAAUUACAUUCCUUUGAACUGUUAAUCUCAGCGAUCACGUUUUGUGAUCAUAAAGACUGUUAGUUUUAUAUUAAUUGCCAUUGUUUGUAGUUUUCUUUUCCCUAGAUAUAUCAAUGUGAUACAUACACAUAAGAUAACUCCAGAUUGCCCCAAGUCAUGGAUUCAAUACAGAAUGUGCUCUAAUCUCUGUGUUUAUGUUUUUAGACUGUUAUCUUGUGUACAUGAAUAAACCACCAUUAAAUCA